GCUACAUAAGCACUUCAUCAGGGGCCGUGAUCCAAUGGCUCCCCUCAGAGAUGGCGCCCUCAGCCUCCCACAACAAGUAAAGGCAGGUCACAGAGGCUCCUGGGAGGAGGAGGAGGAGGAGGAGGAGGAGGAGAGACACACAGAGAGGUGGAGAUAGUACAGUAAGAGGACGGGAGAGAAGAGGAAGGACAGUUUUAUUCCAUCUUCACUUUUCUUUCAGCUGUUCUUGUGUUUUCAGGAUCCAACCAGCUUUCCGCUGAGCUUUCUGAGGACUUUUGUGAUUUUGUUCUGCUGCAGUUGUGUUUCUUGUGAAGCCCAACACAUCUGAGAAAAGAAGAAGAACAAGAAGAAGAAGAGGUGAGAAGAAAAGGAAGAGUGAAAGGUAAAGGAGGACAAGGCCAUGGCCUCCUGGUUUGGUUGGAAUGAGCAGUAUUACCGGAGCCCUCGCAGGGACCCGGCCGACGUGGUCACUGAUACCCUCAUGCUGGAGUUAAGCUGGCAGCUUAAGGAAGCAGAGAGGCAGCACAGAGAGAGGGAGAAUGAAUAUAGACGCCUGAAGACAGGAGUGGACUACAGCUGGCUGGCCAGCAUGCCACGCUCCUCCUUCAGCCUCAGCACCGGUGAGAGGCUCAUGUUGGAGGACCUCUGCUCCAAGGUGCCGCCAUCCUGCUGCGGGGUGGUCAUACUCAAGUUUAGGGACACCAUGCAGGCUAACGAGCCCGAGGUGCAUGAGGUGUCUGGCCUUUUCCGCUCCGUCCUCCUAGAGGCUUUGGACAACCACAAGGAAGAACAGGAGGCGCAGCGGCUGGCUCGCCAGUGGAACAACAGACGCUCCAUGAGUAUGAACUUCCGGUCCCGGAUCAAGAUCAACCCAUUUGGAAGCACAGUGGGCCUCACCUCCCCCGUGGCUGACGGGACUGGGAUGAGCGACCUUAAAACUGUGUCAGAGGAUGUGGAGAGAGGGAUGGAAAGAGAGGAGAUGUCGCAGAGGGUGUGGAGCAUGCCUGACUUUAGAUAUAAAGGAAGCAGCAGCAGUAAAGUCGUCUGAAGUGGGGCGAUCACAUGAAAGAUGGUUACUUGUUUAAAUGGGGCUAAUUAGUCUCCAAGACUGCUGUACUGUAUGUUCACGUCUAGCCAAGGGAGAUUUACAAAUUAGUACCAUUCAGCAUUUAACCCUGUUUUACCCUUUCACUUGAAGAGGUAAUGUGAGGUGUUUCUCUUGACUUAAGAAGUUUUGCCUGAGAUGAUUAUUUUGGAGUUGUUUAAUUAGCAUCUAAGCAGUCAGGGCUACUUCCUGUAACCAGAUAGGGUUAGUCAUGCAAUUUAAUUUUUUAAGAAAAAGGGAAACUAUUUGGAAAAAAGAAAUAGAUUACAAGCCAUUACAAGCCUGUGAUGUGAAGGCUAGUUUAUGACAAAAUGUUGAGAUUUCUGUGCAUUCAAUGGUCUUAAAUGAAGAUGGUGAGUCACCACAAUGACGACUCUGCAGCAUGAUUCAUCAAGGUCAGCCAACUGAAUGCUUUACUCCUGCACUUUUCAAUUUACACAAAGAUGUCAAUAAAUAAACUGCAGAUUCUUUUGAGUCAAACAUUUAGAAGUAAAAUCUUUCUUUAAUUGC